GACUCAGGGGCCUCCCAUUCUGAGGGGAAGGAAGAGACAUAAGCAUAUAUACAAGAAAACCUCAGUCUAAGAGGGGAGGUAGAAAUCCAGGCCUGGUUCUCUGGAGGUUCUUAUUCUGGUGGGGAGGAGAAAGAGCCUGGGCCUCAUCCUCUGGGAGCCCCUGUCUGAGUGGGGGAAGGGGAACCCUAGGCCCCGCCCUCAGGAAGAUGCCUCCCUUGGGAACAGCAAGCAAGGCCUCUGGGAAGGAGCCAAGCUGGACCAGAAUGUAAGGCUGCAGGUGGGGUGACCAAGGAGGGGUCAGGAGCAAACCAGGGCACCAACUGCCAUCUGAGAGGACUUCUGGAGCCAGGGAAUGGCUGAGCCUCCAAAGAUGGGCCAGUUUGGGAUUUGAGCAGGUGACCCGGUGCUGAGAAACCAGGGAGGGGUUGCUGGUCUGCAGAAUGUAAGGAGAUCCGCCAGCUGGAGUAGUGAAUGGUGGGCAGUGGGUCCAGAAGCUUCUGAGGCCUGCAGCCCCUCAUUGUGGAGAGGUGGUAUAGGAUCUAGUUGCAAAGCCAGCUCUGGUAAUAGCACUGUCCUCUAGAGGGUGCCAAUAGACCAGGUCAGGUCUGGAACUUGCAUUGCCCAGGUUCCCACCCCUACUUGCCCGGGUCCCCAAGCCUACUUACGAAGCAGGUCCCUCUGUAAGGAGAGACAGAGGUAGGCUGCCCAGUCAGAGACCAUCCUGAAGGAACAAACUCUUCCACUGCAGCGCCUUGGCUGAGGCUCUGCCCCUCACUCCCCUCUGCAGACUCGAACAGGGCCCAGGACGCUGAGUCCUUCUUCAGGGAGGUCGAGAUGUACCCCUGGUAGUGAGCGGCACCUGCCUUUAUUCCUUUCCUUUGUGUGCUGUUGAGGCCUUGGCGAGGUAAGAGUCAAAAGUGAAGCUGGGGUCUUGGAUGAGGUCAGAACUUGAGCAGAGCUGGAUUGGGCUGUGAUCAGGCUGGUGAGGGAGGGAAAUGGGGACCACGUUGGAGUCAGGGACCCAGCCCUGGGCUCAUUUACUGGGCUGUAUGCUGAGGACCCAGAGGUAGAGCAGACACCCUCCUGCCUGUGUCUUGGGACAGACAGAUAAACGACAGGUGGUUCCCACAGAAAGGGGCGGGGGAAAAGGUGCGAAAGCGGCGUGGGAGCGCAGGUGAUGUCCUAGCAUUGCCCAUUUUUAAGCAAGAAGAGUCAUGUUUGCUUCCAGAUAAUGAGAAUAAAAUCCUCCCUUUUCAAUACGUGCUUUGUGCUGCCACCUCUCCAGCAGUGAGACUCCAUGAUGAAACCCUGACAUAUCUCAAUCAAGGCCAGUCUUAUGAAAUCCGAAUGCUAGACAAUAGGAAACCUGGAGAACUUCCAGAAAUUAAUGGCAAGCUGGUGAAGAGUAUAUUCCGUGUCGUGUUCCAUGACAGACGGCUACAAUACACUGAACAUCAGCAGCUGGAGGGCUGGAGAUGGAACCGACCUGGAGAUAGAAUUCUUGACGUAGAUAUCCCAAUGUCUGUGGGUAUAAUCAAUCCUAGGGCUAAUCCAAAGCAAUGAAAUACAGUGGAGUUCCUGUGGGACCCUGCAAAGAGGACAUCUGUGCUUAUUCAGGUGCAUUAUAUUAGCACAGAGUUCACUGUGGGGAAACAUGGUGGAGCGAAGGGAGUGCCAUUUCGAGUACAAAUCGAUACCUUCAAGGAGAACGAGAAUGGACCAUAUACUGAGCACUUACACUCAGCCAGCUGCCAGAUCAAAGUCUUCAAGCCCGAAGGAAUCCUUGCAGCUGAGGGAGCAGCAGCAGUGGCAGAGGCAUGAGGAUGGAGACGCAGAGGGUACUGUCUUCGCUGACCAUGCCAUCUACCUAGAAGAACUGACGGCUGUUGAACUGACAGAAAAAAUUGCUCAGCUUUUCGGCAUUUCCCCUCGCCAGGUGAGCCAGGUGCACAAGCAGGGGCCAGCAGGAAUCCAUGUGCUCUUUAGUGAUGAGAUGAUACAGAACUUUCAGGAAGAAGCCUGUUUUAUCCUGGACACACUGAAAGAAACCAAUGAUAGCUAUCAUAUCAUACUGAAGUAGGUGUGGGGCAUUCCAUCCUCAGUGGCUGCUGCUGCUUUCACCCAUUGGGAACUCCCCUCUUGAAGGGUGUCGCAAAUGGAGCUUUGAAGGGCUGCAGGAACCUGACCCAUCUGACUGUGUGUGGGCGGGUCCAGCCCUUGGAGGCAGAAUCCCAGGCAUCUGUGUUGGCCCAAGCUCUUAGGGCACCCACAGAUUACUGCCCAACAUGCAUUUCUGCAACUAUUUCUUAUUUAAAAUUUCUGGACCCUAUUGUUGUUGAAUAUCAGUAGAAACUCCACAUCACUUAGGGUGUGUGUAGGGCAUAAUGAUGAUGAGGAUUGUGUAAUGUUUAAUGGAAAGAUGUUAAAUUUUGUGAUAUGGAGCCAUGUAAUUUUUUUUUCUAACAUAAAAACAAACAUCUAUAUUCAUAAGACUAGAUCCUCAAUCUUUUUUGCCUCUGAAAACCUCAUUAAAGAGAAAUACGGAGAAAGAAGAAAAUUCUUCAUUUGAUUCCCCUGUAAUUCUAUGACUAAUAGUAAUUUUAGGUAACAUUUAUUGCACAUUUAAUUGUGUCAGGCAGUGUGAUAAAUUCUUUAAGUGGAUUAUCUUGUUUAAAUCCUCUUAAUAGCCCUAUAUGAAGUAGGUAAUAAUGAUCCCUAAUUGAAGAUGAGGAAAUGGAGACAGAGAGUGGCAGAGGAGCUUGCUGAGUAACAGGCAGCUAGCAGCUAGUGACACUGAAAUGCAAACCCAGGCCGUCUGGCUCUUAUUAACUGCCAUCCGUAACUGCCACCCUUGCAGUCCUCUGUGCUUGCCAUCGUUUCUUACUGUGGCUCUUCUGGUGAAUAGGAUGUAACACUGAGCGAGAACUGAGGAAUUAACACCAAAAGGGACAAACCACACCUAAAUAAUGAUGAGCAAAUCAAGACCUACAAAAAAAUGAAAACAUAGACACUUUCAAAGCAUCAUCAGUUACCAGAUUCACAGAAUUUGAGGUGGUGAAAACUAGGGAUUAUCUGUAACUCCCCAAAUUCACUGUUCUUGAAUGACCUUCUCAAACUAUUUAUUAAUGAUUUAGACUAACCUCUGCUUUCUCUUUCCCCUCUCUGCAUCUUCUCUUGGUGUAGAAAGUUCUUUUACUCAUGCAGAG